GCUAGCUAGCUAGCUUCUUUCUCUCCUUUAACUUCUAAAUUGAAAUUUGAUCAUAUAUAUCUACAUAUAUCAAUUCAUAUCAUUCAAGAAGAGCUAGCAACAAUCUAUUAAAUAUGGCUUGUUUAAACAUGCUUAAAAUGAGAAAAGUCGACGAGAAGGUGGCUAAAAAGAACGAGGAGUGCACUCUUGAUGGAUCAGUCGAUAGGAAAGGCCAACCAGCUAUUCGUGCAAGAACUGGAUCAUGGUUUGCUGCGAUCCUCAUACUCGUGAACCAAGGGCUAGCCACACUAGCAUUUUUCGGAGUAGGUGUGAACUUGGUUCUGUUUCUGACUAGAGUCAUGGGUCAAGACAAUGCCGAAGCGGCAAACAACGUUAGUAAAUGGACCGGAACUGUCUACCUCUUUUCGCUCUUAGGCGCCUUCCUCAGUGAUUCAUAUUGGGGACGUUACAAAACAUGUGCCAUCUUCCAGGCUAUUUUUGUUGUGGGAUUAAUAUCAUUAUCACUCUCAACAUACAUAUUCUUGGUAAAACCCGAGGGAUGCGGCGAUGAAAGUACUCCAUGUGGGAAGCACUCGAGCUUUGCGAUGGCUAUGUUUUAUGUAUCAAUAUAUCUAAUUGCUCUUGGAAAUGGAGGAUAUCAACCAAAUAUAGCCACAUUUGGUGCUGACCAGUUUGAUGAGGAUCACCCAAAUGAAGGACAUGGGAAAGUGUCAUUCUUUAGCUACUUUUACUUGGCACUAAAUCUUGGAUCACUUUUUUCAAACACUAUAUUGGGGUAUUUUGAAGAUAAAGGGGUGUGGGCAUUGGGGUUUUGGGCAUCUGCGGGUUCUGCAAUUGUCGCGUUGAUCUUGUUUCUUGUCGGUACACCACGGUAUAGACAUUUUGAACCCACUGGGAAUCCUUUGUCUAGAUUUUGCCAAGUUAUGGUUGCUUCAAUCAGGAAAUGGAAAGUUGAGAUCCCUUCUGAUGGUGAUGAGUUAUAUGAAACUGAUGGUAAAGAAAAUCCCAAUAAUGGCAGCAGAAAUAUUCUUCAUACCAAUGGAUUCAAGUUCUUGGACAGAGCGGCCGUCAUCACUUCAAAGGAGAACUCGGUUGAGAUUAAUGAUAUCGAUAACAAAAGCCCAUGGCGCCUUUGUACAGUGACCCAAGUCGAAGAAGUAAAAUGCAUUCUAAGACUCCUUCCAAUUUGGCUAUGCACAAUACUCUAUUCCGUAGUAUUCACCCAAAUGGCGUCUUUGUUUGUCGAACAAGGAGCUGCCAUGAAAACAAACAUUGCAAACUUCCACAUUCCUCCAGCAAGCAUGUCAAGCUUUGACAUCCUUAGUGUUGCAGCAUUUAUUUUCAUUUACAGACGAGUGCUUGACCCGUUAGUGGCCCGUGUCAAAAAAUCACCUUGUCCAAAAGGACUAACCGAGCUUCAAAGAAUGGGAGUUGGCCUUGUGAUAGCCAUAUUAGCAAUGAUAGUAGCAGGCACUGUAGAACACUUCAGAUUAAAAUAUAAGGACAACGAUUGCACCAAUUGUGAAGGGUCGUCGAGCACUUUGAGUAUUUUUUGGCAAGUACCACAAUACGUGCUUAUUGGAGCUUCAGAGGUUUUUAUGUAUGUCGGACAACUGGAGUUCUUUAAUGGGCAAGCGCCCGACGGGCUAAAAAGCUUUGGAAGCGCGCUAUGUAUGACAUCAAUUUCGCUUGGGAACUAUGUUAGUAGUCUGCUUGUGACAAUUGUGAUGAAGAUUUCUAAAGGUGACAAUAUGCCUGGAUGGAUUCCUGGAAAUCUGAACAAGGGUCAUUUGGACAACUUUUAUUACUUAUUAGCUGUUUUGACAAGUGCUGAUUUUGUGGUCUACUUGUUAGUGGCAAAUUGGUAUAAGUACAUCAAGUUUGAAGGGAGAAGUGAAAAAUUAGAAGGCUGCCAACAUGUUUGAUAUGCAAGUUUGAUGUGUUUGGAUUGAUUAUUUUUGUGUAAAAUAUUAAAUUAAAAAGAUAUUAAUAAUGUAUAUUGGUCCCUUUUUUUUCCCCUCA